AAUUUACCGGGUCGGUCCUCAGCGAGGCUGCAAGCGAGGGCCUCGGCAGGAGGCGGAGGGAGGGCGGGGAGCGGCGGAGCAUCAUCUGGCGGGGAACGCGAGGGACCAAAUGACUGUGAGGAAGGGCGGUAGCCGCCACCGCCGCCGAGAGAGGAGCGAGCCGCGGCGCAGCGGCAGCAGCAACCCCGCUCCCCCCGGCGGCGAUGGCAGCGGGCGGCGGCGGGGCUGAGCUGAGCUGAGCCGGGCCGGCCCCCCCGCCCGUGGGCGCCGCAUGGCGCGGGCCUGAUGUCGGAGCGCGGCCCGGUGCCGCGGCGGCGCUGCGGGAGCAGGAGGAUGGCGGGGCUGGCGUGGAAGUGGCCGCGUACCCGCCUGCCCGUGGGCGCCAGCGCCCUGGGCGUCUUCGUCCUGUGCUGGCUCUACGUGUUCCCCGUGUACCGGCUGCCCGACGAGAAGGAAAUCGUUCAGGGGGUGCUGCUGCAGCAGGGCAAGGCGUGGAGGAGGAACCAGACUGCGGUCGCCCUGUUCAGGAAGCUGCUGGAAGAAUGCUGUAACCCUGGGCAGCUCUUUGCUAUGACAAAGAUGAAUUCCCCCAUGGGAAAGAACCUCUGGUUUGACGGGGAAUUUUUAUAUUCUGUCACAAUUGACAAUGCAACUUAUUCUCUCUUCCCACAGGCUACUCCCUUCCAGCUGCCUCUGAAGAAAUGUUCUGUGGUGGGAAACGGUGGGAUCCUGAAAAAGAGUGGCUGUGGCAAACAAAUAGAUGAAGCAGAUUUUGUCAUGCGGUGCAACCUUCCUCCUCUGUCCAGUGAAUACAGCAAGGAUGUUGGAUCCAAAACCCAACUGGUGACUGCAAAUCCCAGUAUAAUUCAGAAAAGGUUCCAGAAUCUGCUGUGGUCCCGAAAAGCCUUUGUGGACAGCGUGAAGGUCUAUAACCACAGCUACAUCUACAUGCCAGCCUUCUCCAUGAAAACAGGGACUGGACCCUCCCUCCGCGUCUACUACACCCUGGAGGAUUUCGGUGCCAAGCAGGCAGUCCUUUUUGCCAACCCCAACUUCCUGCGGGACAUCAGCAAGUUCUGGAAGAGCAAAGGUAUUCACGCCAAGCGCCUUUCCACGGGACUUUUCCUGGUCAGCGCUGCCCUUGGUCUGUGUGAGGAAGUAACAAUUUACGGCUUCUGGCCGUUCUCAGUGGACCUGCACGGCAAGUUUAUCAGCCAUCAUUACUAUGACAAUGUCCUGCCUGACUCCGGAUUCCAUGCCAUGCCAGAGGAAUUUCUACAGCUUUGGUUUCUUCAUAAAAGUGGGGUACUGAGAAUGCAGCUAGAACCAUGUGAGGACCCUCUAAUCCAGCCUUCAGCCUGAGAAUCAUAGGAAUCAGUUUGGGAGAUACAGUAGUUUUUACUUUCCAUGCUCUCCAACAGAGAGUUCUGUUUUAUGUCGGUUGUUUUAAAAGGGAUCUGCAUGGGCCAUAAAAAUGCUACUUGAGGGCCAAAUGGAAUAUGUUCUUAUUUAGUGCUUUAUGGAACUGGGAGGGGAUGAAAUGUAUCUCUCCAUCAAGUCCAUUCAGCAGCAGUGGGAAAACAAUGUCCGAAGCAGCACAGCUGAACUUUCCAGGGACGUUUUUAAGUGACAAGUGUAAAAUGGGCAUUAAGGCUCAGAGAGUCACCAGGCCACUCAUAAGCUUUUGCUAACAGUGCCAAAUACGACUGUCUGUUCCAAAUUCCAUUUCAUUCCAGAUCAGCACCCUGUACAACUUUCCUUUUUCCUUGCUUAUUUCCUCUGUUUGUGUGUGUGUCGGACAGCAUGUGUGUGUCAUUGAAUCUUUGUUUAUUUUCCUUCUAUUCCUUUUUUAUUUUUUUUAAAAUGUGUCACUCCCUCUCCCCCCAGGAGGAAGGGGAAGGAAGGGCUUAAAAGCCCAAGGAGCUGAGUACCAUCAGCUCUCUGAAGACUCUUGGGAGAGUGCUAAGGUGCUAAGAAUCUGGUUAGAAUGUCAUAGGAAUGCCUUGCUACUGGGGAUGGAUAGACCUAUGUGUUGUAAGUUUUAUCAGGAUAGUUCAGGUCAUUGCACUCACAGCUACGCCAGUGCUGUACUGUGGCCAAGAGCUGGUCUGAAAAGAAAACAUGUUAUAAAACCAGCAGUGAAGUGCAGCCUGAUUUCAGUGACCUGCUGCAAGAUUUCCACAGUGACUUUCAUAGCAGGGAUGGUUCCUGACCUGUUUUGCUGUCCAGCCUUAGGGAUUAAUUCUGUAUUCAUUUGGACUCCAGAUGUUCAUGGACUGUUGAGGGUAUUUGAGGGGUUCAGUGGAAUGCAGAAUGAGGUUCUUCAUGUGCUUAUAGGAAAAUUACAGAAAUGAAUGUGUCAUUUAAAAUUAUUCGAAGCUUCAGAAAUCGUUUCUCUGUGUGUGACUUGCUCUUCUGCUUGGAUUGUAACGUUAGCCUUAAAGACUUGUACUUCUCACAUGAGAUUGUCUCUGCUGAAAGAGAGUCUGGGAAAUAAAACAGCCUUUGGGAGCACUGAAAAGCUGCAGAGCCAGCAUGAAAAAGGAAAAAAUAGAAGGGCAUGCCUGAUGUAAGGCAGUCCUGCUCAUAGUGGUGAAUUCUGUCAGUGUGCACAGUGCCUGAAGGACUGUUUUAUUUUGGGUUAUUACUUGGGCAGCAGAUGGUCCUCUCACCAUGGAAAUGAGAAAUUGUUUUGUUUGUUUGCUUUGGUUUCGUGCUGAAGGACAAGAGGAGAAUCCCAGCUCAGUCUGCAGUGUAAUUUAAUCUGCAAGAUGUUACCACCAUUAACUUGAAAAAUCCAUAUCACUGUUCUCUUUCUUAUUACUGAAAAUCUAGUCAAGGUGUUGGAACAACAAAACUGUCAUCAACUUUCCACAAGAAUUUCCUGUGCUGUUCUAUCUCCAAAGUUCUAUUAUUUGGGGGCAUGUGUUUUCUCAAGUGUUAAGGUCUCUCCUUGUAGACUACCAGCUGCAAAUUCUGUAGAUAUAAACAAUUUUUUAAAAAAGCUAAAUCCAUGGCUUUUCCUUAAAUAUGAAUAGUUCAAUUCUUUGUGUAGGAAACUGGGGGGAAAAUAGUCAUGUUUUUCUUUUUAAACCUAUGUUUCAUAAUAAAAAUUUUCUUUUGGAAUAUGGAUAUUCCAAGCAUAAAGUGGACACUGUUUCAUAGGAUUACAGGGCAAUGCUAAAGGGUAAUGUGGGGAUUUUUGAGUUUUAGUUAUUGUUCUGAGAGAAUCUGAAUGUACCUCAUAGCCCAUGUUGUCUUUUUCCAUGUUUUAAUUGAAAGUACAGUCAGCACACUGAUGGAACAUCACUGAUAAAUAAUUUCAUUUCAUUAGUGCAUUAUCUAUGAUGUGGGGACUUGGUGAGGAGGGAUUUGAAAGUAAAAUAUUUUCCUUACUGCUUAUUAUGGCAGGAUAUUAUGACUGAGCUGCCUUUCUGGGAGACAAAGAGGCACCUGUUUGGUUUUUAUUGAGUGCAUCAAGUUUGCGCUUUGUAGUGCUUUAUAGAUUUCAUUAUCUGUGGAAACAACAAUUGGAAUAUGAUGUACUAAAAAUGGCACUUCAGCAGGAUGCCAGCAUUUCCUUGUGAGGGAAUAUGGAGAGUAGGGGGACUGCCUCUUUGCUGGUCAAUUUUUGGUAUCUUUACCAGUACUUAGAAAUUUGCUUCUGAACCUCUCUUACAGCUCUCCAACCCCUUGGUAAUUAUGUGUUCCAUGUGUUGGGAAAAUAAUUGGAUAAGAAGAAAAAGCAUUUUUAUAGGAAAACUCUGUCCAGUGUUUCAUAAGAUCUGGCUUGUUCAUGUUAAACCAGUGCCCUGGAUAUCUGGAGGUGUUGUAUUCCCCACCUCUGUAAGACUCAGCCUGAGGCCUUCUGGUGUCUGCAGUCCUGAUGUUUGCUAGGAGAUAACUUCCAAGGAAUUACAGGAGCAGGAGAGACCCAGUCUGUGUGUGAUGUGUGGUUGAUUCUGGAGAAAUCUAUAAUUCUGGCUCUGUUCACAUUUAUGUAUAGUGAGUAAAACUGGCAUACACAGUACAAAGGCAACCACAUUUGAUGAGCAAGUAAUGGCUUCAAGAGUAAACAAUUUUCUUUAACUUCCAGAAAACUGGAAAUUGAUAAAAGGAGAGAAACAAAAAUAAAUGCCACUUUUGUGAGGCAAAAUCUGGUUUAGCUGACUCGCUAGUCCAUGGAAACACUAACCAAGAAUCAGCCUUUUGCCCAGCAGGUAAAAAGGGAUGCAGGAGAGCACUGCAAGUCUUUCAUGGCCAGAACAGCCAGAAAGACAAAACCAAGCAGCUGGGAGCAUAAGAGUGGCUGUUACCUGACAGAAAUGUUGGGAGUGAAGGCUCUCCAUCCAUGUGGGUUGUGGAUCUCGCCUUGUGGAUGUCUCAGAAGAGGGCAAUUCAUGUGUAGGAUCACUCAUAUGAAAUACAGCAUUGCAUGGAAGGGCCUGAGAGUUUAUCCCCUUUCGGGAGAGAGCUAUUUUCUAGUGUUGCUAUAUUUUUAGUGAAGUCUUUUGAAAUCUUAAUCUUUAUUAGUGAAAUUCCCUCCUGCAGCACUUCUUUUUUCACUGCCAGUUCCUGAAUUUCCCUGAUAGUGUAGCUAAAGCUGCACAAAUCUGCCAGGUUGAAAGCUACUGUAGUUCAUCUUCAAAAAAAAGAAACAAAACUGGUUCAGGCUGGCCAAAUGAUUUGUUAAUAUUCAUAGUUAUUGAUUUUAUCAUAGAGCUGACAAGGGACAGAAAUACUGGAAUAUUGCUCUACCUGCAUAGGAAUCAUUGUCCCAUGUUUGUAAGGAGAAUAAAUUAAAUACCUUUACAAGAAAGGUAUGCACUGAAAUCCCUCUUGAUACAAACUUUUUGGGGCUGUAUAUGUUCUUGAGGAAAUCAAGACCAAUUUUUGAACUUCUGACAAAACUCUAAAACUUUCCCUCUUUGUUGAUCAGGAAGCCUAUUGGAGCUCUUUCUAGAUCAGACAAGCAAAACAGCAACCAGCAAAGCAAAAUCCUAGAGAAGGGAUUGGGAGGUGUGCUCAUGAGAAUAAAAACAUCUCUAAUUUUGGCACAGACUUUGUUACAGUGCUAAGAACUCUUGCUUAUGAAUUUUGUAUUUUUAUAUUUUUGCUGGAAUGAAGAUAACAAGUUUGGUGUGAGGCAGCUACUAAAGUCAAAGGUCUAAGCCUCUGCUACAGCUGAAGUUUUACAGAAUAUGGAAAUACUGGGGUUUUUUUUGACUACUUUCAUCUUUUUGUUAUUUUUCUCAAAAUUCAUGUUGUUAUCUAGGCAGCUGAGUUAGCACCUCUGUGAGAGCUGAAACUAAGCAAAUCAUCUGCUUUUUGAAACUCAGUGUCCUGAAAUGUGGUAAUUAUGGAAAACCAUUCCUGGAAACAGCUUCCUGAAUACUAACUUAAUAUUGAGCUCACCCUUGCCCUUAAGGCCUAAGGGAACUUUUGAUCUAGAAGUGAGGAAAAUGAAGGAGGUGACAGCAAUCUCACCAUUUGCUGCCUCUCUGAUUCUUCUUCAGCUUAAUAGAUUAGUAAGUGUUGGAAGAAGUCCAGGUAAUAGGAAGGACAAGCUGUUCUUUCCUGCCACUCGCAUCAUAACACAGAUAUAAAAUGAAUUAACCAGCCACUAUCUUGAACCAUGGCCUCCUUCAAAAACUCAUAUGGUGGAGUUUCCAUUAGCUGAUACUUCCAAGUAAGCAAAAUUCAUCAGGCUUUGUCCAGAAAUGCCUAUUCCCCACCUCCAUGAUUGUUUCAGGGGUAUUUUGGGUACUGUAGCUGUCCUAGUGUGCAGUGACCUCUUCUUAACAUGGACUUCUGUUUCUGCCCCCAGCCAUCGUCCUAAAGGACCUGUCUUUGCUAUCCUUCCAGAUCACCAUUCCCUUUGGGGAUAGAAGUGUGAUUUUUAAAAAUCCAGCCAUAAGGCAGCUAGUAUGUUUUGUUGUUUGAACAAGCUUUUCUUUUAAACUGCUGACAUAUCCACUAAGAGUUCAAAAUAACUCCAAAUAAAAAAAAAAACCAAAUCAGUUUCAGCCAGGUGUUGGUAAUGCCCUCACUGGAGAAGAGAAAGAGGAUAGAAGAAGUAUAUGUUUUUCAGUGCAAUCGUUGUAAAAUAAUAUCUGUGUCCUUGAAUUUCCUUGUUUUAUCUUUUGGAAUCUACCAUAUGUUUGACUUUUUUGUAGUUUCUAAACAGAACAAUUGGUAAAAGACUUGGAGUUCUUUCUAUUAAAUAUUAACAAAUUUGUUUCCGUAAGUGGAAUGCAAAGAGCCAACAUGAGGCUUAACCUCCUAUGCUCCCUGGCUGAUAAUUUUUUGGCAGCAGUGAGAAUUUAAACAGCUACUCAUUCUUCUCUGAUUAUUCAUUUUCAUCAGUUUUUAUUGCAGCAGGCUGAGCCCUGGUGUAUUCAGCCUCUUCAGCUUAAUGCAUGUGCUUUAGAAUGAAUUCCACUCUACUUUUCAGCUGUUAUGGUGGGGGUAAAAAGAGUGUUGCUAAUUGAAAAUGCUUGGUUGAGUACAGCCAGGAGAGAGGCACUGCCAGAUUCAGGCUUCUUCUGACCAUUCUGAAUUCUCUGCAGGACUGUGAAAACACUCCAGCUGUGUCUGUGAGGCUCAGCUGUGCAAGACAGAGCAGGAGCUGGAGCUUUUUCCCUGGUGGAAAAGGCUGAUUGCUCCUUGUGGCCACUGCUGUGGCUUUGCCCGGUGCCCACCUGACUGGGCUCAGGACCAGGGGAUGCAGCUCCAUGACCAGCUUGUGAUCCCAGAUAAUUACCCAUGGCACAUUAAACCCUGUCCUGCUUCACAGUCAGGAGUUCUGGGCUUACUGGAAAUGAUGGUAGCUCAUCCCUUUGGAGACAAGCUGCUUCUAGCAGCACUUGAAAUCCCUGGCAAGUCUCAGGAAGGCCUAUUAAAGCUGCAUCUUUAAUUAUUGACUGUGUACUCUCUCUGCUGUGGAGGGGGUCAGCUUUCUGCUGAGCUGAAUAUUUAUCCUGUCUGGGACCCUCUAAGGCAAGGAAACCUUUAGCACUCCAACCAUGUGGAAUUUACUGUGUUACUUGAUAUCUUCACCUUCCAAGUGAAACCCUUUUUUCCCCCCGUUUUGUCCUGGAUUUAACUCCUGUGAGUGAAUCCAGAGUGAGUUAAAAAAAGCAGCACCACUAGUAAUUGUUCUCAUUUAUGAAUAAGAUGGUGUUCAAUAAAACACUGGAGUGCCUUUUGGACAGUUCCUUCUGAUUUCUAAUUGUAUAUUCAAUUAAUUGUUUCAGUCAGAUGGGACCCAUAGCAGAGAUGAGUUGCAUCAUUUUCUGUUUACUGGAAGAAAACCAUUACAGAAUUACAUUUCAAGCUGAAUUCUUACCAACAAUUUAAGGGAUCUUCCUUCUGCAGGAAGCUUUGUUAUUGUGUGAUUAUCUUGAUAGUAAAUGAAAAUUCUUCACUGAAAAUAAAUGCAUAAUCUGGAGUACUGAGACACCAAUUUGAGUCUCUACUCAGAUAUCUCCAACAAAGAAUUUGGUGUUCUUCAAAAGUGCCAUAAUCACAACUUUUUUUUUUUUUCCUUCUGUGCAUGUGGUUUUUUUAGGAAAUGCUUGAUUUUUUAUUUUUAUUUUUUUUAUAAACCCUCCAUGUGCUGAAAAUAAACACUCCUUCUUCAGGAACACAAGUUUCUUUUUGGGUAGCCUUCGUAUGCAGAGUAAAACUUCCAGAAGAUAAUCCAGUUUUCAGGAAAAUGCUCAUUUGGAGUAGUCUGGCAGGACUCCUUUGAGCAUGUGACUCCUGCCUCUUGAGCUGUGAAGGUUGGACAGAUGAUACAGAGUGUGCUGCACUGACAGGAAAAAAAAAAAAAAAGAUAUUUUAGCCACAGCUUCUGCCUGUUUGAUGUCUCCCACUGCUGAAUGAUAUUUCUUUGUUCUGUGAGGGCCCUGCAAGGACUCUGAUCCUACAUAUCAAUUGUAUUAACUGGUUUUAAAGGCCUGGACUUUGUAUUGAAAACUAAAUGAGCAUGGAGAUGCCUGGAAAUUAUGUCCUUUAGUGUAUUAUCAUUUGGACACUGCAUGGUUUGGCCUGUUACAAAACAUAUACAUAAAAAUCAUUUUAUAUGGGUAUCCAAAAGCUAUCUUCUCUUGAGUAUGAGACUUACAGAUCACUGGAAGGUGACUUCCUGAUGCUGCAGAGUGCAAAAACCACUGUGGUUUUAUUUCUAUCAAUAAUGAAAUCCCCAUUGAAGUAAUACUGGAUUAGGUCAGCUUUCAGUGCUCUUGAAACUCCCACUCCAUAAGCAUUUUCAAUAAUUGUUCCAUGCAAAGGCAGAAACAGGAGAUUUUUUUCCUUGUUCAUACAUGUCACCUUCCAUUGAAAAUGGAGCAGAAAGUCAGUCAGAGCUCUCAGCCUUUUCAGAGGUCUCUGGAGACUCCCUAAAUAAUACAUAGGCACACAGUUAUGCAAAUAUAAACAAAAUAGCCUGAAGUUUAUACUCAGAUGCUGGUCAGUAUCUUGAAGAAUUACUUUCAAAUCAUUUAGAGGAAAAAAACUGCAAAAAUUUUUCAUGUGAAAAAUAUCCCCUCUUUUUUUUUUUCUCCUAAAAUGCACUAAAAACUAAAGAAACCAUGUUAAAAGAUAUGUGAAUUUCUCCUGGUUUCCAACUUAUUCUGACUUCUAGCUUUGUAUUCAAGUCCAUACUUCUGCAAAACUUCUAAUUCUAGAUUGUCCCAUAGACCUAAAAAAACACCCAUUAUACUCCAGAUGUAGUCCAAAAAAAAAAGGGAAAAAAACCAAGCUCAUGACAGAGGUUCAGCUCUUCUGAAAUCUGUGACUGUUUAUGUGCUGCCAUUUAGUGGUGGUGGCCAAAGAAGUAGACAAAGAUCAGAAAGGAGAUAAAAGCACAAAAGGACACAGUAUUUCUGGUAAAGGGAUGGAAACAUAGGUUUAAAUGCUUUGAACCCCAAGUUGUUAGUGUUAGGUCUUUAUUCUUUUGCUUCUCUUUCCCUCGGUGCUUCUUGUAUGGGGUGAGACUUGCUGUGUUCACAAGUUGCUUAUAAUUUUCUCUGCACUACAUUGAACUUUCCUCUGGCUUUAAACCUAAAAAUUGAAUAGAGGGACAAAAACUACUUCAGGUUUAUCAAUAUUUGUAUGCAACAUUUUACAUCUUCCUAGUACUAGUUACUCUAUUCACUCAUAAUUAAAUGAAGUAGUGGAAACUACUACUUAUCCCAGAGUUUUGAAGUCUUUCUUCCUGUAGUGAUUUCUCUGUCAGGUGAAUGGAGAUUACUUUUAGCUCAGAUGUUGUGAGAAUUAAUUAACUCAUGGUUGGGAAUUAAAGUGAAAAAAACUUCAGAAAUUUUAUUAAGGUUAUCUGUUUUGAACAGUGAAAACAAGCAAAUGAGCUAUCCUUUUUAUCUGAGUGAGAUUAUGCUUUUGUGUUAAAAUUCUCCCCCAUUGUUAGGAAGUACAAUAGGAACAUUACAUCCAGGAGCACCUGGAUUGCAAGAAAGGGAAAAGCUGUGGAUUUUUAAUGAGAAAAGAAGGUUUUCUCCUCUCUGCCUUCAAUUUAUAAACCAGAUUCUCUGCUCUCUUUCACUGUUCUGACUCUAUCAAAUCAAUAGAAUUGCCUUGAUUUUAACCAGUUGACUGUUCUCAAACCUGAGGGAAUUCAUCCUGUGAAAAUUCUAAGUUAUUUUAAAGCACUGCCAGAUUAUGAUAUUUAGUCAAAGUAUCAUAAUUCUGAAAUUUAUUAUGUAAUCUACCAAUCUAUUUUUCCCAAUAAGUACAGACCUUGAGCUGUUUAUGCUGUUUGUUGGUUCCUUUUGUAAGGCAAAUAUCUCAUUGCAUUUCAAACUUCUGCUGCAUGAAAGUGUCCCAGAUUGGAAGGAAAUCAUGAUCUUUGUCACUUCCUUGUUUCAUGGAAGUGAUCCAUGAGCUCUUCAAUUUGUCAAGUGUAUUGGAUGAGCCAAGUGAAAAUGAAAAAAGGAUUUUUCUACACUGGGAAGCAUCACCAUUCACUGGCUGUAACUAGGAAUUAGAUGUCCUCAAGUAAUUUAUUAUUCUUGAUGGAUCUGAUGUCUGCAAAUAAUUUUGUUAUCAAUAGCAAAUCAAAUAAUUUUGUUAGAUUUUAUUGAUGGAAUGGGAUGAUCUUUUCCCCCUGCUUUUCAACUGCAAUUCUUUUCUGAUAGUAUUUGCAAGGAAGAAGUUCUUAUUUCUUCUCUCUUGUUUUGUAAAUGACAAUUUAUAUCAAAGGCAUUACUCUAAUCUCAAAUGCUGGUUUUCUUAAAAAAGUUGGUCUUACACUUUUUUCUGUUUUGUACACAAUAUUUUUUUUCAUAACAGUACCUAUGUUUUCAGUGAUAAAAUCUCAACAAGUUAUUUUUCUCUUUAAAAACUGAUUUUCUGGCUUUCAUAAACCCCAGUUUAUGAAACUGUCAGGUGUCUUUGGGUUCUAUCCUAAACUGAACAUAAUCACAUUUUGAAUCUUUGGCAUAUCUGAGUUCACUCAUACUCAAUGAGCUGUUUCAAUAAAAUAGAAAUUUAUUUCCAAUAUAGCUUUCAACUUCAGUUAAGAACAAGGAGUUUUCUCCUUAAUAAAGGCCUGUAACUGCCAUACUGAUGGCUUAAAGAACCUAGAAAGAAAACAACACAUUUUUGAGAUAAUGUUAGUAUAGGAGGUAAUAAAAAAGGCUGGUCCUUAUUGGAGGCCUGCAGGGGCAGUCAUGGAAAAUAUUCACAAAAUGCCCAUGCCCCCCCACAGGGUGAAUACAGUUUUAUAAGUUUAGCAAAUAAGCAUAAUUGAUAAAAAUCACCAAACUGCCAUAAGGCAAUUUCCCCCAGUUCAACCCUCUCUGAAUCUUGUCCCCCCCACCCUUAGAUGGAAACUGAACUUUGUUUAUAAAAAUACAUCUUGAAGAGCUGGUCUCAACCUUGGUUUUAGGGAGAACCAAGAUAGGAUAGGGGCCUUGGAAUGUGUUUUGUGUUUCUGCCUAUCAGGGCAGGGAAAAGUACUGGGGAAGCUAGCUAAAAUACAAUAUUAGGCUGCAGAACUACAAAUAGAUGUGUAAAGACUACAGAGAAUAUAUAUAAAAGGAAAAAGGCAAAAAUCAAUUAGGCAUAAUUUCCCCCCAUUUUUAGAGACUAACAAGACUCUACCUUGUCUAGUCUCUACUCCAUAUUUAACCACACCACAUCAUAUAGCAGCUAUUAUUUAAAUAAUAACUACAGAUAUAAGUAAUAUAAACAGUUCCUUUUUUCCAGGCCCAAUUCUGUAACCAUGAGGUGAGAGUGUCAAAGAUAUAUUUGAAGUUGAAAGCUACCUGAUGUAAAAUUUGAGUUUGCUUUCAAAUUUCAACCAAAUCCUUAAUAAUUCUUUCCCGCUGAUCUACAUGAGAACAACUAGUGUUAAUGAUUUUGCAGCUAGUAGGAAAUUGAGAGUCAUUCCAGACAAAUCAUGGACUUCUUCUUGUAAGGCUGAAAUUGCAUCUGAAAUUUGCUUUUUAAUAUGUUCAAUAAUCCUUACUGUGAUCAAAUACUGUGUUUGGAAUUACAGCUCCACAGGCCCAAUCUUUAUCUAGGGGCAAAACAGCAGACAUCAUUUUCACAUAUUCAAUACCACCCUGACAAGUUGUUCUUAUGAAGAGCUUUUGGAUACAUUUUGGACUAAAACCACAUGCAAAUUUUGGGACCAAAUCUGAGCCAUGGUUACCAACUGUUCAUGUAACAGGCACAAAAGAACCAUAUAAAUAUAAUCCUCUGUUUUCCAGUUGUUUUGGGAGAGAGGUCUCUUAACUUUUGAGCAGUGAAUUCAGGGUUCCCUGCCAGCAACCCUGGCAUGAGUGAGAGUAGUCAGGACUUUGAAUGUUCUUCUCCACUUAAUUUGCAAAGGUAACUGUUCCACCAUUUAGCAUAGACCCACUCUCCAGACUGGAAUGUGUGUCCAGUCCUGUUGGUCAGGGUAAAAUGAAUCAUCUCUGGACCUUCUGCAAAGUGGAUCUUAAAAUUAACCCAUAACCACUAACCUUUACCUCAAAUAAUAAAAAAAAUCUGCAUCAAUACAAGUAUUUUUUAUUUUCAUUUUAUGUCUUAUGGAAGUUACAAGGACUACUAAACUUUUUUGUUUCUUACACAUACCAGACACCUGGUUUUAACCUGUGUUUAUACUGUUUCCAUCUGGCUGUUUCCAAAAGCUCCAGAGAAAAACAAGCAAACAAAGACACCAAGGAAAUGAAAGGUGCCUUGCUGUGAAGGUUAUCUAGAGUGGUACAUUGCUCUUUUAAUGAACUGUGAAAUGUAGCAUGUGGAUGAUGAUGAAUGGAAAAACAUGCAUGUGUUUUUAUUUGAAUGUUGUGUCCCUGAGAUGGAUUAUUAGUAUGAGCUCUGUAGUGUAAAAAUACUGAAAAGAGAAAUGGAAAGAAGAUACUUUUAGCAGGUUUUGCAGUGAACCACGUCCCCUUCUGACUGUUUUUCCUUCUGAGACUCAGAUCUGGUAACGUGGCCCUUACCAUUAGGAUGGUAAUAAAAAAACUGCUCUGUUCCUAAAGUUAAAUCUGGUUCUUUCCAGCACUGUAAGGGACAAUCUGUUUGUAUUUCCAGCAUAUCUCAUUUAUUCACAGGCAUGGGCUCAUGGGGCUGCACUGGCUGGGAGAUCAGUCAGGCUCACUGGUGAAGUCAUGCUGCAUGUUUCCUGCCCACAUCCCACAUCCCACAUCCUGCAUCCAAUAGUCUGUGCCUGUGCCAGGAGAUAAGUGACUGUGGUUUGUUACAUUUUGCUGCUUAUGGCUAGAAGAUGAAGUGAAAACUAAAACUGUGAAUUCCCUUCCAUUUCUUGUAGACACAGCCACAGCUUGGGCAAGUUUUGUGCUUGACCAGAACAGAAAUGGGCUGUGCAAAGGUUUUUCAAAAUUGUUAAUUUUGCAUUUACCUCACUGAGGUAUUUACAAGAAGUCAGUGAUUUCACAAGGCAUCAAUAUUUGUUGUUGGAGUUGCAGUCAUCUUAAACAUCUGCUCAACCAGGGGACCAGUGAAUAUCACUGAGGUUAUCCCAACUCCCUGGUUUUACUUUGGGAACAAACUAUGUUAUCUGAAGGCAAGCAGCCCAGGAAGCAGUACUUGAAAGCUUCUGUUUGCUUCUCCCUGUAGUUGCAAGGUCCUAGCUGUCACCUUCUGUGACCUGUCAUCUGUAGAGUGCUCAAGAAAGCGGUGCUUGGAUCAGUGGUGCUACCAAAACUUGAACAGGUGUUGGGAAGGAGCUCAGUGUUUGGAUAAAACAAGCUGAUUUGGGAUCAGUGGUUUACAGGAAUGCUGGUAUGCAAAGCCCUGGCAGGACAGACAGUUUCUCCUGGCUCUUUACAGACUUGGCACAGUUGCCAUUUUUGCUCUCUCACACCAUAUUCCCAAAGGAGCCAUGUGAUGUGGGAUGUCAGUGUUAGCUGUUAAAUUCUAGUACUUUUAUUUGCAUUCCUUCUUCUCUUGCCCAGUUAAUUGAAAAAAUGUGAUGGUAAUGUGGUAGUUUGAUGUCUUGAGGUGAUUUUAAAGUAGAUAUGCAAACCAUUAUGCCUCUGAGAUUGCAUAAUUCCAUGAAUUUGUUUUACCUCCAGUGCCCAGCAUGUAAUACUCAUUGUCUCAUUUCUGAUGUGUGUAAGCUUUACAGGCUGGAUAUCGUGUCCAAAUGACAGGAGCACUUGGGUGAACAUCUCAAAUCAUUGGUUUUUUGGCAUGUUCAGGGGCAAAGAUACUAGUGUGGAGUGUGUUAAACAUCCCAAAGUGUGGUAUUGUUCUGAGUCUUGUGAUUAGGGCUUCGAUCUAAUUCACUCUCCAAUGUAGCAAAUGUUUGCUGUCAGCCAACACUAUUCCAAGGACUAAAGGAAUCUCUUUCUUUGCCCUGCAAUAAUGUAUUUUCUAUGAUUAUGUCAGUAGAAUUUGUUCAUUUUUCAAGUACUGUGCAGUGCUUCUUUGAAGAAUGUCCCUUUUUCAGGUGGUUUCAUGGUGACUGUACCCCAAAAUGUCUAGAUGUCUCUCAAUAGCAAAAAUUGCUUUGUUAUUGAAUGUAUUAUUUAUUAACAGUAUCUUGUCUUUUUCUAGUUGCAUUUUACAAAAUGUGCCACAAGCAUCUUACGUGAUUUUUAUAAGGAAAGUCUUAUUUAUAAUGUUGUGCAAGUGGAUGGAAACAAAUAAUGAUUUUAUAGUAGCCCAUGCCUUUUUUCAUAGCUGCAAAGUUUUAAUGAGCAUGAUCAGAAGGGACAGGCUCAUUGUUUAAUUUAAUUUUGAUGAAGCUUUUCAAAACUAUUAUGUUAUUCAUUAUUUGAAAUUAAUUAUCUUAACAAAUAAAUAUUGCCAUUUUAAGAAAUGAA